AUUCAAAAUUUACUGCAAUCGUGCAACCGAUUAUAUCAUAAAUAGGGUUUCCAUAACAUUCAACUACUCAGGUUACCAUAAAUAAAACAACAACUUUGCAAUGAAUGAAACAAUAACUUGGCGAUAAAUGAAACAACAACUUUGCGAUAAUACAAGGGGUACCCUUCAGUAUAUUCUAAUCCCGCUAUUAACAUUGGAUGAGCCGAAACGACCAGAUAUUUAAUUGAACUGCUUACGUGGACGAGAUGAUGGUGGGAGGUGUUAACAUAUGCACAUGAAGAAAAGACGAAAUAUAUUGCACAAUGCAUCGAGGAAAUAAAGGAAGAAUUAAGGCAAGAGAAUAUAUCUGUAAAGUCGAAUGCAGUAGCAAAGCUGACUUAUUUACAAAUGUUAGGCUAUGACAUCAGCUGGGCUGCUUUUAAUGUGAUUGAAGUAAUGAGUUCUACUAAGUUUACUUUCAAGAGAAUAGGUUACCUUGCAGCAUCUCAAAGCUUCCAUGAGGAGACUGAAGUUCUAAUGCUAACAACGAACAUGAUAAGAAAAGAUCUGAAUAGCCAAAAUAUGUAUGAUGCUGGAACGGCUAUGAGUGGUUUUUCGUGUUUUGUAACUCCAGACCUUGCCCGUGAUCUUGCUAAUGAUGUUAUGACUCUUCUGUCUUCUACAAAACCUUAUUUAAGGAAAAAAGCAAUUUUGUUAAUGUAUAAAAUAUUUUUAAAAUUUCCUGAAGCAUUGCGUCCUGCUUUCCCACGUCUGAAAGAAAAACUGGAAGAUCCUGAUCCAG